AUGGCUGAUUAUGAUAAGAAAAUCCCAGAUCAAGAACGCACUAAUCAGCUUAACCAGGAUCUAUUGAAGUCAAUUAAUGCUUCAGGGCAUGUGUACAUGACUCAUGCUGUGGUUGGUGGAGACUACAUUAUACGCUUUGCCGUUGGGGCAACCCUUACACAGGAUCGACAUGUCUUCACGACUUGGAAGGUGGUGCAAGAGCAUUUAGAUGCCAUACAUGCGAUGGGAGAAAGAGAGCAAAGUUUCCAA